AUGUCUGCACCAGUCUGUGGAUUUCCUCCGCCUAAACACAAUGUCAUUGUAGAUUUUAUCCCUUUGGCAGAUAAAUCACUUGACUCUGAUUGGGAGUUUUUAUCAGACCUUGGGAUAUCUCGACUGUCAUUGUCACCAAUAUUUUGCCCUGACUGGGCCUCUCUUGACUCAACACAUUGUUUGUCUCUUCUGUACGUCCCUCCAGAAGUACCCAAGGAGAUGAAAGCAGAAAUACUUUCAGAUACAACCUCUUCGAAAGUGGUUUGGUUAUUGUUUGUUUAUGGGUUUUUAAUUGUUGAUAUUUUUGUGUCCUACCCAAAACAAAAGAUGAACACAAACACUUCUGCAACUCGUAUUUCUGGAAGUGACAGUGCCAUUAGUGCAACUGAUUAUAUGGAUAAAAGAAACCAAGAGGUGAUUACCAGUCCCAACAUGGCGUUUUUGAAUGCAGUCCUUAAUCAAGACAUUGGUAGAGCCAAAGAAAAUGAUUUUGAAGCAUUCAUGGCUCCAGGAAGUAUGCACACUAUUAGUAAUUCAGUAGAUGUCGAAUUCAACAAUGAUUAUACUGAAACCAACGAAGCUGAAUACAAUGAUAGUGAUAAUAGCAAUGACUAUUCGUAUGUAAAUAUAAACACUCUUGCAAUCAAGUCUGAUUUUGUUACUGAGAACGUGAACCAAGAGUCCCACCUCCCUUUUUAUGAGCCUAAUACAGUGAGGGGCAAAAAGGAUCACUUUUUUUAA